GAUGCUGCCGCAGUCCCCAAAGAGGGAAGACACGAGGAAACAGGGGAGGUGCAGCAAGCACAGAGACCGGCUCCAACGGGCUCGGGAGUGAACAAGCAGCGGCUCAAAGACAGCUCUUCCCUGGCCUGGACGUCCCCGAGCACAGCAGCAUGCCCCUCCACCGGCCCUGGCUCCUGCUGCUGGUGUGCGUGGCUCUCUCUGAUCAAAACUCUUGGAAUUUUGAGCUGCCAAGAACCCUCUAUGCCUGGGAGGGGACUUGCGUCUGGAUUCCUUGCACCUACACACUCCCAAAACUCUCCAAGCAACUGAGCAACAUUACCGUGUACCUCAACCCUGUGUACAACGAUGUCAUCAAGAGCUACACUGGGACCAUCCUGUUCAACCACACGAGGAUGGAGGAGAAGCCACCUUCCCAGGGAAAGGUGCUGUUCGUGGGAGACAAGCAGCAGAACUGCACGUUCAGCAUCCGUUGGUUGCAAGUGAACGACAGUGGGGAACUGGGGAUCAGGAUGCAGACGGAGAGUGACAAGUGGAUGGAGAAGAUCAACCUUAACAUCUCCAAAAAGCCUCUUGCUCCGCACAUCCAACUCCCCUCUGCUGACAUUCAGGAGCACCAGUUAGUCACUCUAACGUGCUCGGUGAAUUUCUCCUGCUGGGAGAACCCCAUCCAAUUGCAAUGGUCCCUGGAUGGGACUGUGGUCCAAGAGACCAUCCUUACCACCAAGUUGGUCUCCACCCAGAGCAAGCUCACCUUUACACCCCAGUGGACUCAUCAUGGGCAGAACCUGACCUGCCAACUCCAGAAUGCCACGGAACGACAUGUGCUAUCUGAGGACACGGUGCGGCUGGACGUGAAGCACGUCCCGCAGUUGAAGAUCGUCGAGAUCAGCCCCAGAAAUUCCACUGUCCUGGAGGGGGCAUCUGUGACCAUGACAUGCCAGGUCAUAAGCAGCAACCCAGACUACCAUUCCAUCUUCUGGUUCAAGAAUGAGAUGCAGCUGCCAGAGCAGAAGACACUCACGCUGACUCUGCCCAAAGUGUCUAAAGACAUGAGUGGGAAGUACCGCUGCCAGGCCUGCAAUGCAAUGGGCUUAGGAAAGUCGGAAGAAGUGACACUCAAUGUGCUGUAUGCUCCGAAAUUGUCCAAGGUUCAGAUCUCCCCCCCAGCAGUUCUGGAGGGAAAGCCGGUAGAACUGAUUUGCAUCUCCCAGGCCAAUCCUCCUCCAACCAAUUACACUUGGUAUCACAAUGCAAAAGAAAUGCCGGGAAGGACUGAAGAGAAAAUCCGGAUCCCAAAUGCUCUCCUCUUGCACGCUGGGAGUUACUCCUGCUUGGCGGAAAGCAGCCUUGGGCGGGGACAGCGUGGCCAGGAAACUAAGCUGGACAUCCAGUAUCCGCCCAAGGAGGUGACCGCAGUAAUUCAAAGCCCCACGCCCAUCCGCGAAGGAGACAGUGUGACCCUGGCCUGCAGCUACAAUUCCAGCAACCCCAGCGUCUACCGGUACGAAUGGAGGCUCCCAGGGAACAAGCCAUCAUCGUCUGAAGUGGUGACCAUCUCCAAAGUGGCCUGGGAUGCCAAGACUGUCACCUGUGCUGCCUGCAACAGCUGGUGUUCAUGGGCGCCUCUGGUGAACUUGGAUGUCCAGUAUGCCCCCAGAGAGGUGAAGGUCCGGCAGCAAGCCCAGGCUGAGAUUCGUGCUGGCCAACGUGUCACCCUGCAAUGUGAGUGUUCUGGCAGCCGCCCCCAAGAAGUGCACUUCUCCUGGAAGAAAAAUGGAAGGCCUGUGCAGGAAGGAAAAGAACUGACUUUUAACUCCAUCACCCCAGAAGAUUCUGGAAGCUACAGCUGCCUCGCCAACAACUCUGUAGGACAGAGGACAUCUGAGCCCUGGACACUCCAAGUGCUGUAUCCUCCACGUAAGCUGCAGGUGAUCAUGACCCCAGGAAACACAGUGAUGGAGGGCAAACAGGUGGUCCUGACCUGUGAGAGCGACGCCAACCCUCCCGUCUCCCACUAUGUAUGGCUUGACUGGAACAACCAAGAGUUCUACUUUGGCCAGAUGCUGAAGCUGGAGCCAACCACCAUCCAACACUCGGGCGCCUAUCGGUGCCAGGGCACCAACCGGCUGGGCAGGGCCGAGUCACCCCCCAGAACUCUCACCAUCUACUACAGCCCGGAGACCAUCGGCAGGCGAGCGGCUGUGGGCAUCGGCUGCUCCAUGGCCCUCCUCAUCCUGACCAUCUGGGGGUUCAAGCUUCGGCAAAAAUGGAAGAGGAUCCGCAGCCAGCAGGGGGCUCAGGACAACUUCAGUGGUCAGAGCUUCUUUGUAAAGAACCCAAAGGUUCGAAGGCCCCCACUCCCUGAAGGCCCCCACUCCCUGGGCUGCUACAAUCCGGUGAUGGAGGAUGGCAUCAGCUAUGCAACCUUACGAUUUCCCGAGGUGGACACAUCAAUUGCAGGAGACACAGGGACAGCUGAACUGCAGAGACCUUCCCUCAGUGGCGAGGACACUGUCACUUACUCGGUGGUGCAGAAGCGCCGAGUGGCUGACUACGAGAAUGUGCCUCCAGACCUCCCAGAAGAUGAGGGCAUUCAUUACUCGGAGCUGGUGCGGUUUGGGAUGGGGGUGCGACCCCAGGCCCAGGAAGAUGUGGACUAUGUGACCCUCAAGCAGUGACCCUGGAGCAGCCGGGGUGGAGAUGCCCAGGGUGGCAGGUGUCAUGGAGGUCUCAAAGCUCCCCACACCACUGGACACUCAGCUGCUAAGUCACAGGGCCUCCUUCCAACACACACAUACACACACGCGCAUGCAUGCAUACACAUUCACACACACAACCCAUGUCUGUACACAGACACACUGUCACUGCAGGAAACCUUGUGCCUGGUGCGAAUCAGCUUUCCUUCUUAGCAUGGCUAGCCCAAGCCUUCUGGAAGGGCCUUCCUUGCUCUCCUUCCCACCUAGAAGCUCAUCUGGGCUGUCCACCUCCACUGCCUCCACCCAGCCAUGUGCUACAUCCACAGCCUCCUCUAACUCUAGCCCCAGAUGGCUGGGUCCCUGUAGGGGUCAGGGACUGGAGGGCAGUGUUUCCUGUCCUUCUGGUCCCUCCCCCAUCCCUGACAGCCCCACCGACUGAUAUCUUGCUCAUGGUUUGCCUCUUGGCUUUCUCCGGGAAAGGACAGAGUGAGGUGGAAGGAGGUGCUGUGCGAGCUGGCUUCUCCUGGGGACAUCUGCCUGCAAGCAAGCUGGGCCCCGCAUGGAGAGCGUUCGUCACAGCAGCCCCGGUGUGCAGGGGCCUGGCCUCUGAACUGACUUAGUGGUGUGGACGAACAUGGAAGCAAACGGGCACCAGCUCAAUAAAACCAGUGCAGACCCCACUCCCAAGAACCAGGGAGCCCUUUGCAGUUUGUGGUGUCAGAGUAGCACUGUGGCCCUCGCGGAGAAGGAAAAGCAGUUACAAGGAUUUUGUGAUCAAAUCAGCAGAUGGGAGGAGCUGGCCUUGUGGUACAGCAAGUUGAGCUGCCACUUGGGAUGCCUGCAUUCCAUACCAAGUGUUUGACCUCCAAUCGGGCUCCCUGCUAAUGAGCACUUUGGGAAGGAGUGCUCAAAUGCUUGGGUCCUGGUCCCUCACAGGGGAGACCGGGAUAGAAUUUCUGGCUAGUUACUGGCUCUGCUCAGGUCCACUCGUGACUGUUGUGGCAUUUGGAAAGUGAAUCCACAGAUUGGAAAUUUUCUCUCUCCUCUACCUUUCAAAUAAAUAUUUUCAAAAAGUCAGCAGACUGGAGAGUUCAGCAUCUUGCAGGAGCGCGCUGGCCUGCACUUUUCAUCAGCUUGCAUCUGUCUUUGGCUUAUUUCUUUGAGAGGUGAGAGAUGGACAGCAUGAGAGCCACGAGAGCCCCUAUCUGCUUUUAUUUGCAUUUCCUGAAAAAUACCAGUAAAGGAGAAACCGAGUCAUUGAAGUGAGCCACCAGGGGCUCAUGCCCCACAGCUGCCUGGGAACUCCAGGACCUGCAGCGCCUCACAGCGUGUCGGUAGCCCACUGUCAUCCACACCUGCCGUGUGCACUGAUUUAGAUCUGCCAGUCAGGGGCUUCCGGCUGCCCCUUCUUUGCCUCUCAGGUGUGCUGUCCACCUCUGCUUCACCUGCAGGAGGUGGGAGCUGUUCGUCAGAGGGCAAGCACGUGUGGUUAGCCAACCGCCAGGCACUGAGCACACCACUGCUGGCCCCUGGUAACUGCCCCCCAUGUAUCACUUCCUACCCUCCUCGCUUGCCUCUGCCCACUGCCAGGAUGGUCAUUUCUUAGCAUGAUGGCAGAGUUAGGCGCUGGCUUCCUCAUCAGCUCCCUUGCUGGAUUUCUUGUGCAUACCAUUAACUUUGCCAGAAGGUGAGAGCUGUUUCAGAAAGAGGGGCUGCAUU